GCUUUGCCCAGUAGUUGAAAAGUGAACUCGUCUCGUGAUGGUUCUCCUGUCACUUUGGUUGAUAGCAGCCGCUCUGGUAGAGGUUAGGACUUCAGCUGAUGGACAAGCUGGUAAUGAAGAAAUGGUGCAACUAGAUUUACCGAUAAAGGGACAGAGAGAGUAUGAGCUGGUGACUCCAAUAAGCACAAAUCUAGAAGGACACUAUCUCUCCCAUAUUCUUUCUGCAAAUCACAAAAAGAGGUCAACAAGGGACGUGUCUUCCAACCCUGAGCAGUUGUUUUUUAACAUCACGGCAUUUGGAAGAGAUUUUCAUCUCCGACUAAAGCCCAACAACCAACUAGUAGCUCCCGGGGCUGUUGUGGAAUGGCAUGAGACAUCUCUGGUACCUGGGAAUAUAACUGACCCCAUUAACGAUCAUCAACCAGGAAGUGCUCCAGAAAGGAUCUGGAAAACAGAGCCUUUGCAGACUAACUGUGCUUACGUUGGUGACAUCAUGGACAUUCCAGGAACCUCUGUUGCCAUUAGCAACUGUGAUGGUUUGGCUGGAAUGAUAAAGAGUGAUAGUGAUGAAUAUUUCAUUGAGCCUUUGGAAAAAGGUAAGCAGAUGGAGGAAGAAAAAGGAAGAAUUCAUGUUGUCUACAAGAGAUCAGCAGUGGAACGGGCUCCGAUAGACAUGUCCAAUGACUUCCAUUUUCCAGAGUCGACUCUGGAAGGCCUUGAUGAUCUAGGUACUGUUUACAGCAACGUUGAACAGCAACUGAAUGAGACAGUGAGGAGCCGCAGACACACUGGAGAAAAUGAUUACAACAUUGAAGUGCUAUUGGGUGUGGAUGACUCUGUGGUCCGUUUCCAUGGCAAAGAGCACGUCCAAAACUAUCUUCUUACCCUGAUGAACAUUGUAAAUGAAAUUUACCAUGAUGAGUCCCUCGGUGUGCAUAUAAAUGUGGUCCUGGUGCGCAUGAUAAUGCUGGGCUAUGCAAAGUCCAUCAGCCUUAUAGAAAGGGGAAAUCCAUCCAGGAGCUUGGAGAAUGUGUGUCGCUGGGCUUGCCAACAACAAAAAUCUGAUCCCAACCACUCUGAACACCAUGAUCAUGCAAUUUUUUUAACCAGGCAAGAUUUUGGACCAGCUGGAAUGCAAGGAUAUGCUCCGGUCACAGGCAUGUGUCAUCCGGUGAGAAGUUGUACCUUGAAUCACGAGGAUGGUUUUUCAUCUGCUUUUGUAGUAGCCCAUGAAACUGGCCAUGUGUUGGGAAUGGAGCAUGAUGGACAAGGCAACAGGUGUGGUGAUGAGACGGCUAUGGGAAGUGUCAUGGCGCCCUUGGUGCAAGCAGCAUUUCAUCGUUACCACUGGUCCCGAUGCAGUGGUCAAGAGCUGAAAAGAUACAUCCAUUCCUAUGACUGUCUCCUCGAUGACCCUUUUGAACAUGACUGGCCCAAACUCCCAGAACUUCCUGGAAUUAAUUAUUCUAUGGAUGAGCAAUGCCGUUUUGAUUUUGGUGUUGGUUAUAAAAUGUGCACUGCGCUCCAGUCAUUUGCUGCCACCUCACAGUCUGGAGAAGACCCCACAGAAACAAGUGAUAUACUGCUGGUCUUGGAUGUGUUGACAUUCAAGGCCAUAACCUGGAAACUAUCGGGUGCUCAGAAGAGGAGCUCAGCAGCGCAGGCCAUGGAGGAAGAGGGGUCAACCAGCUUCUGCUGUAAUGCUCAGGCCCAAAUUAUCCCCACCACCCUUUCCACUGCAGGUUUUGAUCCCUCCAGGUGGUGCUAUAAGGGUCAUUGCAUGUGGAAGAAUGCUAAUCAACAAAAACAAGAUGGCAACUGGGGAUCGUGGACCAAAUUUGGCUCCUGCUCCAGGACGUGUGGAACAGGUGUCCGUUUCAGAACACGCCAGUGCAAUCAUCCAAUGCCCAUCAAUGGUGGUCAGGAUUGUCCUGGUGUUAAUUUUGAGUACCAGCUUUGUAAUACAGAAGAAUGCCAAAAACACUUUGAGGACUUUAGAGCACAACAGUGCCAACAGCGCAACUCCCACUUCGAAUACCAGAAUACCAAACAUCACUGGUUGCCAUAUGAACACCCUGACUCCAAGAAAAGAUGCCACCUUUAUUGCCAAUCCAAAGAGACUGGAGAUGUUGCUUAUAUGAAACAGCUAGUGCAUGAUGGAACACGCUGUUCCUACAAAGAUCCAUACAGCAUAUGUGUGCGAGGAGAGUGUGUGAAAGUGGGCUGUGACAAAGAAAUUGGCUCUAACAAGGUUGAAGAUAAGUGUGGAGUCUGUGGAGGAGAUAAUUCCCAUUGUCGAACUGUGAAGGGGACAUUUACCAGAACUCCAAGGAAGCUUGGGUACCUUAAGAUGUUUGAUAUCCCCCCUGGUGGUAGACAUGUGUUAAUCCAAGAAGACGAGGCUUCUCCUCAUAUUCUUGCUAUUAAAAACCAAGCUACAGGCCACUAUAUUUUAAAUGGCAAAGGGGAGGAAGCCAAGUCUCGGACCUUCAUAGAUCUUGGUGUGGAGUGGGAUUAUAACAUUGAAGAUGACAUUGAAACUCUUCACACCGAUGGACCCUUACAUGACCCAGUUAUUGUGUUGAUUAUACCUCAGGAGAAUGAUACACGCUCUAGCCUGACCUAUAAAUAUAUCAUCCAUGAAGACUCUGUACCUACAAUCAACAGCAACAAUGUCAUCCAGGAAGAAUUAGACACUUUUGAGUGGGCUUUGAAGAGCUGGUCCCAGUGUUCCAAACCCUGUGGUGGAGGUUUCCAGUACACUAAAUAUGGAUGCCGUAGGAAAAGUGAUAAUAAGAUGGUUCAUCGCAGCUUCUGUGAAGCCAACAAAAAGCCGAAACCUAUUAGAAGAAUGUGCAAUAUUCAAGAGUGUACACACCCACUAUGGGUAGCAGAAGAGUGGGAGCACUGCACAAAAACCUGUGGAAGUUCUGGCUAUCAGCUUCGCACUGUGCGCUGCCUACAGCCACUCCAUGACGGCACCAAUCGCUCUGUACACAGCAAGUAUUGUGUGGGUGACCGUCCUGAGAGUCGUCGGUCUUGUAACAGAGUGCCCUGCCCAGCCCAGUGGAAAACAGGGCCCUGGAAUGAGUGUUCCGUAACCUGUGGGGAAGGAACGGAGGUGAGGCAGGUCAUCUGCAGGGCUGGAGACCAGUGUGAUGGAGAGAGGCCUGAGUCAGUCAGAGUCUGUCAGCUGCGUCCCUGUAAUGAUGAACCGUGUUUGGGAGACAAAUCAAUAUUCUGUCAAAUGGAGGUGCUGGCACGAUACUGUUCCAUACCAGGUUAUAAUAAGUUAUGUUGUGAGUCAUGUAGCAAGCGCAGUAGCACGCUGCCACCACCAUACCUUUCAGAAGCUGCUGAAACUCAAGAUGAUGCUGUCUUCAACCCUAGUGACCUCCCUAGAUCUCUAGUGAUGCCAACGUCUUUGGUUCCUUACCAUUCAGAGACCUCUGCUGAGAAGAAAUCUUAUAGUAGGAUCUCUGCAUUGCAAGGUCCAAGUCUAUCUGCUGCUUUCAGGCCAAACAGGAAACCAGAUGGUGCUAACUUACCCCAGAGGAGAGCUCAACAAGCAGGAAGUAAGACACUAAGAAUUGUCUCAGUAUCAUCCUCCCCAACCACCAAGAGUAGCGACCUCAAUUCAUCUUCACAGAUGACUGCUGCUCCCCUCCUUGCAGUCAAUGAUUCAAUAGGUGCUGCUUUUCAGACAAGAACCUCAAAGAGAAACGAAAAGAUUGACAAGAGACGCCCUUUAAGGUCUUCCACCUUGGAAAGAUGA